UAGUGAGUAGUGUCAAGUGACAAAUCUCUCGAACUUUGCGCAAUUCCGUACUUGCUACCGUGCCAUCUGAUUACGGCAUGAAACACCCAUGAAAUCCAACAGCAACACACAACCUGACAAAUUCCCAGAUUGAAUUGAAUUGAAUUCAUCCCAAUCUCAAACUUAAAAAAUACAGAUUGUCACUCCAUUCCAUUCACUUCACUCUCGUCUAUCAUCUUCCUCCAACAAAACAAACAUUACCCAGAAAUUUAAUUCAAACAAAAAAUUCCAGUGUCAUACGCGGUGAUCAUCUUCUUCUUUACGUUUGCCACGUUAAUCAGAACCCUUUUACACAUGGCACCAUGCAUGGCAACAUCAAAUUCUCACUACCCAUUUGAGUGUUUAUAUAAACUCCACUACUUAACCCAGUUAAUCAUUCACCAAAAAAGAAGUGCACACCAACUGUUCGAUAAAAAGCCUAAGCCAAAAUUAAAAAAAGAGGGAGAGUAAAGAAACUUAAAAAGAUGGUGUUUUUCAAAGGGAAAGUGUCUGUAAUUCUGCUGGGUGUUUCGUUUCUGGUGCUAUGUGCUAGUCUCUCUGUAGCAAAGGAAGAUCUACAGCUGAGACAGUGCAAGCAACUGUGCAGGCAUCAACCUGGACAGAGACAGUUUGACAGCAGACAUCAGCAGGAGUGUGAGAGUUCAUGUGAGAAGUUUGCAACAGAGAAUGAGAGGGGUAGGGGAAGAGAAGAAGAAGAAGAGAGAGAGGAAAGGUCAUCCCCACGUCAUCAAAUCGAAAGGGAGUACACAAAGUGCAGGGAAAGGUGCCAGGAGAGAGAAGAAGGGAGGAGAGAGCAACAGGUUUGUGAGAGUGGGUGUGAGCAGAAGAGGGUACAACAAGAAAGAGAGAUUUUCAGAAGAAGGGGUGAUGACAUUUUUGGGAGGAAAAGUGAGGAUGAAGAAGAAGAUGAGGAAGAAGUUGGAGGGGAGGGUGGGAAGCCUUAUGUGUUUGAAGAUCAACAUUGGAGUACAAAAGUUAAGACUGAAGAAGGGAGAGUUAGGGUUCUUAAGAAGUUUACAAAAAGGUCAAAGCUUUUUAAAGGGAUUGAGAAUUAUAGGGUGAUGAUCUUUGAGGCUAAUCCACAGACUUUUGUUGUUCCUAAUCAUUGGGAUGCUGAUGUUGUCCUGUUUGUUGCUCAAGGAAAGGGUACUGUGAGUCUGGUUUACACGGAUAGGAGAGAGAGUUUCAACAUUGAACAUGGCCAUGUUUUGGUGAUACCUGCUGGGGUGACUGCUUACUUGAUCAACAGAGGCAACAAUGAGAAACUCAUCCUUGUUAAGGUCAUCAACCCGGUUUCGAACCCCGGAAAGUUUGAGUCCUUCUUUGGGCCAGGAGGUGAUAAUCCAGAAUCAUUUUUCAACGCCUUCAGCAGUGACAUACUUGAAGCUGCCUUUAAGACACCAGCAGACAGGUUGAAGAGGAUAUUCUCACAGCAGAGGCAAGGAGCCAUAAUAAGGGCAUCUGAAGAACAAAUCAGGGCAUUGACUCAUGAAAAAGGAAGCCACUGGCCAUUUGCAGGAGGAAAGCGUUCAUCCCCAAUUCACCUCUUGAGGCAGAGUCCUAAAGAGUCUAAUGAUUUCGGGACGCUCUUCCGAGUCGACUCUAAUGACUACAACCAGCUCCGAGACCUCGACAUUGCUGUCUCCUUCGCCAACAUCACUCAGGGAUCCAUGCACACUCCAUAUUACAACUCAAGGGCAACAAAAAUAGCAGUGGUGCUAAAUGGAAGAGGCUACUUUGAGAUGGCAUGUCCUCAUGUAUCAAAGUCUGGCCACAAGCAGCAGCAUCACCACCACCACCGCGGUGAGAGAACCAGGCGUGGUGAAGAGGAGACAUCACCGGUCCACUAUGAGAAGAUCAACUCAGAGUUGAGCCAGGGCACUGUGUUUGUAGUCCCUCCUGGCCACCCUUUCGUUACCGUAGCUUCGGAAGAUGAGAACUUGGAGGUCAUUUGUUUUGAGAUCAAUGCCGAGAACAACCACAUAUUCCCACUUGCAGGGCAAAGGAACAUACUGAAGAACAUUGAGAGGGAGGCAAAGGAGUUGGCAUUCGCAACCUCGGCCGAGGAGGUCGAUGAGGUGUUCAAAAGUCAAGAGGAAGAGUUCUUCUUUAUAGGGCCAAGGCAGCAGGAACACCGCCGAGGUUUUUCGAUCAUCUGAGAUGGCCGGAAAGAGAACGGACACCGAGAAUGAAGCUGAGGAAUGAGGCUAACUUUUCCUGAGUUUUGGACGCUGUUUGGUUUUGUAGAGAAGUUCUUUUUUUUUUUACUGUGUAGUUGCUGUAAAUAUCCUCCUCAUAAGUGUAACAACAAACCUAUGUUAUGGUAACCAACUUUGUAAAAAUAAAUAACAGUAUGAGGAGCUGAGCUCAGGUGGUAAUAAAAAUGUACUGCCAGUUUUUGUUGUGAAA